UCGCCUCACGCCGGGCUGCGUCAGCCAACCAGAUGCGGACUCGUGUCAGGAUGACAGCUUCCCCCUUCUUUCUCCAAUUCUCCUCGACACGCCCCGAUCGCCUUCCCUUUUCCUUGGAGCAACCUGCCAUUUGCUCCCAACCCAAGGGAAGCAGGGUCGCUGGAGUCCGUGUUGGGCGAUCAGGUUUUGCGUUAGGCUGCAGGCUAGGUGUUUGAUGGUAUUCGCCUGAGGUGAGAAGAGGCCUGCUGCUCCGCUCGGUCUUCCGUUUGGAGGUGACUCGCGCCCUUCUGAAUCCGAUACAACAGCUGUAGAAUCGAAGUCUCUUGCUUUCCUGUAGUUGAUUCUUCGUCAUGCUCAUCGAUUGACUUGUUUAUCUGCUUGCUUGCGUGGUGCAAGUGCAACCGUAUGAUCGCCCCUAGGGUUCCAGAACCAAUUCUAGGCAAUGGUGGUCGUGUUGUGCCUACUGCGUUUUGAUGGAGGUGUAUUCCUGCUGUGAAUGCAACGAGCUGUUAGCCUGGAACAGCUGUCUGUGGUGAUAAUCUUAUAUGUCAAGAUAUUCACCUGAGGUCUCCGACAGAUCGGCGAGACCACUCGCUUUCAUAGCUGCUGUGACCAGAGAAGUGGAGAGGACAGCAGAAGCUAAAGCAAUGGUUCACCUGAUCUGCUGAGACCUGCUGCUGCUGCUGCUUCUGUAAACCGCCGUCAAGACUCUGGAGUAUUGGAUGUUUCUUAUGAGAUCAAUUGCGUGAACAGCAGGCACAACACAGCGAGGGGGGAGGGGAGCUGUGGGACUCGUCAUUACAGCCUUUCCCCCGGACACCAUCCCAGCAGCACAGCUCACUCCAGCCGAAAGCACGCCAUGGCAGAGGAGAAGAAGAAGCACAAGCACAAGCACAAGGAGAAGGAGAAGGAGAAGGGCGGCACGGAGCAGGCGGCGCACUUCAAGCCGUGCGCCGACGUGAAGGGCAUCCGGUUCGGGGGCCAGUUCAUCGUCAAGUCGUUCACGGUGCGGCGGGCGUCGCCGCUGGAGCUGCUGCGGCUGCUGGACAUCCCGCCGUCGUACCUGAGCGAGUGCCAGAGCCUGCCGUUCCCGUCCACCACCACCUACAUGCCCACCAGCUUCACCAUCCUGGCGCACCAGGCGUGGCACACGCUGACGCUGGGCCUGGGCACCAAGAAGUCCAAGGUGGUGCUCUUCGUGUUCGAGUCCGAGAGCAUGAAGGCGGCCGUGGACCAGCUGUGGCCGGCCAUGAUCCCGCUCGGGGACGUGAACAAGAAGCUCAUCCGCGGGCUCACCGGCAGCGAGAUGGCGCGGUUCAAGUUCCGGAAGGGCUGCCUCACCAUCUACGUCUACGCCGUGCGCCGGCUGGGCGCAGCCGGGUUCAUGCGCGCCGACGACCUCAGGCGGAUCCUGCAGUCGGUGGUGGACCUCAAGGACUUCCUGGACCACACCACCAUGCUCGCUAUCCCGAGCCAGAAGAGUAUCACCCUGCAGUCCCGGACCGCGGUGGCUCACUGAGACCGCAGAGCAUCGAUCUCUGAUGGAACCACGAGAAUCUCGAUCGGUUCAGCGCUGCAGAAGUACAGGUACGCGGACUUUUAAUCUUCAGAGGUCCUAAUUCUUUCUCGGUUGGAUAUGGAUUCGUUUGGUCAGUGUCGGUGCAAGCGUUCACCUCCUCUGCUUCUGGGAGCAGCUGUAUAGAUCUGUUGAACAAAAAGUGUUUCAGCAAAUCAAGCAUAGGUUUUUCCAAAGGCAAUUUUUCCUUCCAUGGAUCUUACAUUUCGUUAUACUCUUGUAGCCUUUGUCCCCUGAAAUAAUCCAUCAAUGAAGCCAUCUGUUCUAUGGCACUUUCUGGCCGUACUGGACAGCACUCGCUGCUGUAGCUACGGUACAGUACAGUCUUUGGAUA